AUGCUCCGGCUCCGAGAGUGCGUCGUUUCCCAUCUCCUCUCUUCACCCUCCAACUCUGCUACCUCCCCACUCCGCCAUCUCCUCUCGGCCACCGCGUCGGCCCCCAUUUCCCCGAAUCCCAGUGGCUUCGCUGUCGAGGAGUACCUCGUCGCCACCUGCGGCCUCACCCGGGCCCAAGCCAUCAAGGCCUCCCCGAAGCUCGCCCACCUCAAGAACCCCGACAAGCCGAACGCCGUCCUCGCCUUCCUCUCCGGCCUCGGCCUCUCCGGCGCCGCCGCCGCCGCCGCCGUCGUCGCCAAAGACCCGCGGCUACUCUGCGCCAAAGUGGACAAAACCCUGGCCCCUAAGGCCGUCGGGCUCGCCGGCAUAGGUCUCUCGCGUCUUGAGAUCGCCCGCCUCGUCUCCCUCGGCCCCGAGUGCUUCCGCUCCAGACACAUCGUCUCCAAGCUGCACUACUACCAUCCCCUCUUCGGCUCCUUCCACAAUUUCCUCCGGGCUUACGAGCGCUCCUCCUAUCUUCUCUCGCGGGACCUUGAUACGACGAUCAAGCCCAAUGUCGCGUUUCUGCACGAGUGCGGGCUAGCUGCUUGUGACAUUGUCAAGCUGGUCAUGUAUAGGCGGGGGAUCCUGACCACCAACCCGGGGCGCCUCCGGGCGAUGGUGGCAUGCGCCGAAGGUAUAGGCGUUCCCCGUGCCUCUGGGAUGUUCAGACAAGCGAUGUAUGCUGUCGCAUUCCAAAGCACGGACAAGAUUGCCACCAAAGUGGACUACUUGAAGACCACGCUCAGGUGGUCUGCUGCUGAGGUGGGCAUCGCUGUGUCUAAGGCUCCGAUGCUGCUGAGGAGGUCAAAGGACACGCUGCAGAGCAAGUCCGAGUUCCUGGUAUCUGAGGUGGGGUUGGAACCAACGCUCAUUGCUCAUCGCUCGAUAGUUCUCACUGUCACCCUGGAGGGCCGGGUCAGGCCCCGGUACUAUGUUCUCAAGUUCCUCAAGGAAAAUGGAUUGGUAGAUCGCGAGCUGAGCUUCUAUACUGCAGUCAGUACGCCUGAGAAGUAUUUCAUGAACAAGUACAUAUGCCCUCACAAGAAAGCCGCACCACACCUCGCUGAGGACUAUGCGACCGCUUGCAUAGGGGAGAUACCAACUAAUUUCUUGUUUAGAUGA